AUGAUGGCCAACAAUAGAAUCGAGAGAGCUCUCGCAAAACCUGGUACCAUGAGUGCUAGUCCCAUUAAAACGGCCGGUGCCAUUAAGGCUGUUUCCCCAAAGGCUGUUUCCCCAAAGGCUGUUUCCCCGAAGGCUGCCGCGUCGAAACUCGUCGUGCCAAAGGCGACGGAGCGUAUCGCGGGGCCCAUCACGAAGGCUUCCGGAGGAGCGCUACUAACGAAGACCACCGCCGUCAAAACCACCGCAAAGCCUGAUACUUCGAACGCUCGUGCUGUGAAGGCUGGACCCAUAAAGGUUACCCAGUUAAAGGCUGCAAAGACGGGGAAUAUGACGACAGAGGCUAUCACAAACCCCGCUGCCAAGGCUGGUGCCACGAAAGCAGGUACUACGAAGAAGUCUGGUGCUGCGAACGGUACCGGGUUGAAGGCUGCCGUAACAGGGAAUAUUGCGACAACGAGAAUCGAAAGUCCAGCCCUGCAGGACAUUACCACGACUACUAUUGUCCCGAAAGCUGCUGCGCGCAAGGCCGACUCGAUGAAGAGUAUCACAAGGCCUACCACGAGGGCUUCCUCGGGGGUUCUCACGAAAAGAUCUACUACGAAGGGAACUCUGACGAAUGCUACGGUGGAUGAUUCUGCGGCAGGGAGUAUUGAGAAGGAGAUUGCCAUGAAAGCCUCUACCACAAAUACUGCUGCCACGGAAGCUGCCGCGUGGAAGGCUAUCACAACGAAGAACUUCCACAAGGGGUAUUACGAGGAGUAG